AUGGCCUCUACGACAUCGACCGCAACCUACGGCAACGCCGACCGUAGCCUCCAAGUUCACACCAUCAACGGCUCUGUUGAGUUCCAUGUCCCUCUGGGCUACGAGAGCACCCUUGGUCGUCUCCCGCAAGCUGCGGACGCGCCCUUCAACUCAUUCGCAACGCAGCACAAGCCUACCUGCCUCCCCGACACGCGCGUCGACCUCUUGCACAAGAUACAGAGCUGGGCGGACGGAACAGAUGAGCGGUGCGUCUUCUGGCUGAGCGGCCUGGCGGGCACGGGCAAGUCGACGAUUGCGCGGACGAUUGCGCGCCGGUACCACGACAGCAAGUGUCUUGCCGCUAGCUUCUUCUUCUCGCGCGGCGGCGGCGAAGUAGGCCAUGCGGGCAAGUUUGUGACGAGCAUCGCACUGCAGCUUGCGCGCAAUGUGCCAGCAUUAAAGCAGCGCAUUAGCGACGCAGUUGUAGAGCGCGAUGAUAUUGCUAGUCAGUCUUUGCGCGACCAGUGGCACCACCUUGUCCUUGGUCCGUUGUCGAAGCUUAACGACAGGGACUGCCCAGCCUCACUCGUUCUGGUUGUGGAUGCGCUCGACGAGUGCGACAGCAACGAAAACAUCCGCAUCAUCGUGCAGCUGCUGGCCGAGGCUCCAUCACCAACAAGGGUCCGGCUGCGGGUGUUGCUGACAAGCAGGCCAGAGGUGCCAAUCCGACACGGAUUCUGCGAGAUGCCAGAUUCGAAGCAUCAGGACAUUGUGCUGCACAACAUACCGCGGUCUAUUGUCGACCAAGACAUAGCGCUUUUUCUACAACACAACCUCCAGCUCAUUGCACGGGAAUGCUAUUUAGAUGCUGGCUGGCCAGGUGUAGAGAUUGUUACACAGCUCGCUCAGAGUGCAAGCGGUCUGUUCAUCUGGGCAGCAACUGCCUGUCGCUUUAUCUGUGAAGGGCUAUUCGCGGAUGAGAGGCUUCGUAUACUUCUUGCAGGCAGUGUUUCUAGUAAUCCAGUCGGGCCAGAAGAACAGCUUACCAAGAUGUAUCUCACGGUAUUGCAGACCUCAAUUCGUCACGGAUACAAUGCGCAAGAGAUGACCGUAUAUUAUAGCACACUACGACUCAUCUUGGGAAGCAUUGUAGCAUUGACCUCGCCACUGCCCGUAGGAUCUUUGAGUGCGCUGCUACGUGUACCAAAGCACAAAGUAGACCAGAUGUUAAGGGAUCUGCACGCCAUUCUUGACAUCCCAGAUGAUCAAAGCCGGCCAAUCCGCCUACACCACCCUUCGUUCCGCGACUUCCUGCUCGACAAAGGGAGAUGCAGCGACAACAGCUUCUGGGUAGACGAGAAGAGCACACACGAGAAGCUGGCGUCCUGUUGCCUUGAGCUUAUGUCUGGGCAAAGCGGCCUUCGUCAAAACAUGUGCAGCCUUGUAGGCCCUGGAGCGCUGAGAAGUGAGAUCAACGAUGGGGCAGUUGCUAGCAGUCUGCUACUUGAAUUGCAGUAUGCUUGCCGCUACUGGAUUAGACAUCUUGUACAAAGUCAGCAGCACGUUGUCGACAAAGACACGACGCACCUGUUUCUCCAGAAGCACUUUCUCCACUGGCUAGAGGCCAUGAGCCUCAUGAGAGAGUCAAGCAGAUGCGUUCACCUGCUUGAUAGCCUCCAGGCACUUGCAGGCCCAUCUGUAAGCAUUGUUCAAAGCUUUCUACACGACGCAAAGCGAUUUGUGCUCCGCUUCCAGUCUAUCCUUGCAGAUGCGCCGCUGCAAAUAUAUUGCUCCGCACUUGUGUUUGCACCAGAGCGGAGUCUGAUACGACAAAAUUUUGUGGACCAAGUGCCAGAGACGGUCAACAUGCUGUCUAUGAAAGAAGUAGACUGGGAUGCCUGUCGCAGCACGCUGGAGGGCCAUUCCGAUUGGAUUACGGCGGUGGCCUUCUCGCCAGACGGGCAGCUGGUCGCGUCGGCAUCCCACGACAAGACAGUACGGCUGUGGGAGGCGGCCACAGGGACGUGUCGCAGCACGCUGGAGGGCCAUUCUGAUUGGAUUACGGCGGUGGCCUUCUCGCCAGACGGGCAGCUGGACCAGUGGGUAUUGCGCAACCAGCAACGCUUCCUAUGGCUCCCGUCUGAGUCUCGAACGUCUCAAACAGCAGUAUAUACCAACGUAGUCUGUUUAGGUCUCUCCUCUGGCCGUGUAGUCCUACUUAAGGUUCUAUAA